GGACUAAAAAUGCAAACUGCGUGAAAAUUCACACAUACACACACCAGACAGCAUAUAUAGAGAGAGAUUCCGGCAACUUCGGAAGAUCGCCGGCGACUUUUCCGAUCUUAUCAUAGGCCCACAGAUUCGCGCCAAAAUCCAUUCACCAUUGCCCUCAGCAAAAUUCUCGGUAGCUUUUUUUAUCAAGAAAAUAAGGAAAUUAUACAUACAGGAAAAAAGAGAAAAUUUUUAUAGAUAAAGUACAGUUGUGUGGGACAGAGAGGUGUAGAGAGUGGUGAGGUAAGGGGGGUAGGUGGUUGAUUUGAACCUUGGGGAUCGGAAAGUGGGAAAUCUUGGGUUUUAGGAAACUACAGGGGUUUCCACUGAAAUUAAUGUUUCAUUACUUAUUUUCUUGAUGAUGGGGGUUCUGAAAUUAAUCAAUUAAAUUUCAGGUGAGUUGCAACAUUUUUGGAGGAAAUAGAAUUUUUUGCUGAAUUUUUAAGGGUGCAUGCAAUCUGGGGGUGGAGCUCAGCAAGGUGGUGUCGCCGGCGCCGGUGGUGGACAUGGGCGGAACACGGCGGCAUCAGCCUCAGCUUCUCCAACAUCAUCUUCUUCUGCCUCUCAUAUGGGGUUGGAUCAGCAGCAGCUGCAUCAACAGCAUCAGCGGCAGUCAUUACAACAACAGUUACUUAGAAGGCCUGAAGGAAACGAAGCUAUUCUGGCCUUCCAGACUGGCAGUCCCCAUGGAAUUUUAGGUGGGGGUAAUUUUGUUGGACCUUCUGGAUCCAUGCAGCUGCCUCAGCAGUCGAGGAGGUAUAUUGAACAGCAUGAUUCUCCCACCAUUCGAGAGGAUGGACAGAACAGGAGCCAGGGCUUUGAGCAACCGAUGUUGAGUCCUGUCCAACAGGCAUACCUGCAGUAUGCUUUCCAGGCAGCGCAACAGAAGUCCGCUCUUGGGAUGCAACAUCAGCAGCAAAUGAAAAUGGGAAUGUUUGGCCCUUCUGCAAAGGACCAAGAUCCUAGACUUGCUAAUAUGAAAAUUCAGGAACUCGUUUCCAUGCAGGCACCGAACCAGGCCCAAGCAUCAUCAUCAAAGAUAUCCUCUGAGCAACUUUUCUCUCGUAGCGAGAAACAAUCAGACCAGGGACAGCAGUUGAUGACCGAUCAGAGGCCAGACCCAAAGCUUCCUUCCCAGCCAACAUUGCUUGGCCAAACGGUAGCUACGAAGCCCAUGCAGGCGCCACCAUCUCAGCAAAGCAUGGCGAACAUGGCGAGUAACUCUCUUGCUAUGGCUGCACAGAUGCAGGCAAUGCAGGCAAUGCAGGCUCUGGCUUAUGAACGUAAUGUUGAUCUGUCACUACCUGCAAAUGCUAACAUUAUGCAACAGCUAAUUCCGCUCAUGCAGUCCAGAAUGAUUGCCCAGCAGAAAGUGCCUGAAAACAAUGUGCCUGUUCAAUCUUCAUCAGGUCAUAUGCCAAAGCAGCAAGUUUCAUCACCUCAAGUUGCAAAUGACAGUUCGCCCCAUGCUCAUUCUUCAAGUGAUUUGUCGGGGUCAAGUUCUGCUAAAACUAGGCAGGCUGUUACAACUGGUCCUCUCACUGCGUCUCAUAGUGUAGCUUCAGUGAAUAACCCAAAUAAUAUUCCUCAGCAGCAGUUUUCUGCUCAUGGCAGAGAGAACAAUUUGCCUCCUAGACAACCAAUUAUGGCUAGCAGUGGAUUACCUCCGAUGCAUUACCCACAGUCAUCUGUAAACCCAAACCAGGGUGCGGAUAACACCUCGCUGCCUAAACCUGCCUCUAAUGCCCAAGAAAUCUUGCAGACGCAGUAUGCCAGACAGUUGAGUCGACCUUCAUCACAUUCUGCAGCUUCUUCUCCAGAUGGGAACUCGGGGAAUCCCCUUAUGUCUCAGGGUGGAAAUGUCCGUCAGGUGCAACCACAACUGGGUUUCAGUAAGCAGCAACUGCAUGUUCUUAAAGCCCAAAUACUUGCAUUUAGACGUAUAAAGAAAGGAGAUGGGACAUUACCACGUGAAUUACUCCAAGCUAUAAUUCCGCCACCUCUGGAUGUGCAAAUGCAGCAAACAUUUCCUCCUGGUGGUAUAGUAAAUCAGGAGAAAACACCAGGAAAAGGUUCAGAAGAUAACAGAAGACCCUCGGAACCAAGUGAGAAGGGUCCUCAGCUUGUAGUACCAUCUACUGGACCGAAUGGUUCAAAGGAGGAGGUCACAAGAGAGGAGAGUACAGCUGCCGCAACCGCAACCGUACCUGUGCCAGGUAGCACAACUGAGACAAAGGAGAAUGCAUCAGUGGUUCUUCCUGGAAAAGAGGAGCAGCGAAUCAUGGGACAUACUAGUAAAUCUGACCAGGAUGCUGAUCAUGCUAUUAAGAACACUGCUGGCAGAGGUGAUAUUGCACCAGAUAGGGGUAAAGCUGUUGCAUCCCAAGUUACUGGUUCUGAUACUACUCAGGUGAAAAAAGCUAUGCAGUCUAGUGCUACUCAACAAAAAGAUACAGGCCCAGCUCGAAAGUAUCAUGGACCAUUAUUCGAUUUCCCUUUCUUCACUCGAAAGCAUGAUGGUUUUGGACCUUCCAUGAUGAUGAACAACAACAAUAAUUUAACAUUGGGUUAUGAUAUCAAGGAUCUUCUAAUGGAGGAAGGCUCAGAAUUUCACAAGAGAAAAAGGGAGGAAAGUAUAAAGAAGAUUGGUGAUAUACUAGCUAUUAAUUUAGAGAGGAAAAGGAUUAGACCAGAUCUUGUUCUAAGAUUGCAAAUAGAAGAAAAGAAACUCCGACUUGCUGGUAUACAGGCAAGAAUGAGGGAUGAGAUUGACCAACAGCAGCAGGAGAUAAUGGCAAUGCCUGAUAGGCAUUACCGAAAAUUUGUAAGGCUGUGCGAGCGUCAACGUCAGGAUCUAUCUAGGCAAGUGCAGGCCUCCCAGAAAGCUAGCAGAGAAAAACAAUUAAAAUUAAUUUUUCAAUGGCGUAAGAAGCUUCUUGAGGCUCAUUGGGCAAUACGUGAUGCUCGAACUGCACGCAACAGGGGAGUAGCUAAGUAUCAUGAGAGGAUGUUGAGGGAGUUCUCAAAGAAAAAGGAUGAUAACCGGAAUGAAAGAAUGGAGGCGUUGAAGAAUAAUGAUGUUGAGAGAUACAGGGAGAUGUUGCUAGAGCAGCAGACCAACGUUCCUGGUGAUGGUGCUGAGAGAUAUGCUGUUCUUUCAUCAUUUUUGAGUCAGACGGAAGAGUAUCUUCAUAAAUUGGGAGGUAAAAUUACAGCCACAAAAAAGCAGCAGGAGGUUGACGAGGCUGCAAAUGCUGCUGCAGUUGCUGCACGUGCACAGGGCCUCUCUGAAGAAGAAGUAAGAGCUGCAGCAGCCUGUGCUCGGGAGGAAGUCAUGAUUAGGAAUCGUUUCUCUGAAAUGAAUGCACCCAGAGAUGGUUCAUCAGUUAACAAGUAUUACCAUCUUGCCCAUGCUGUGAAUGAAAGGGUUAUCAAGCAGCCUUCCAUGUUAAGAGCUGGAACUUUGCGAGACUAUCAGCUUGUUGGGUUGCAGUGGAUGCUUUCUUUGUAUAAUAAUAAGCUAAAUGGUAUAUUGGCUGAUGAGAUGGGUCUGGGGAAGACUGUGCAGGUUAUGGCAUUAAUUGCCUAUUUGAUGGAAUUCAAACAAAACUAUGGACCACAUCUUAUAAUUGUGCCAAAUGCAGUUCUAGUUAAUUGGAAGAGUGAGUUUCUCAAUUGGCUUCCAUCUGCGUCCUGCAUUUUCUAUGUUGGUGGAAAGGAUCAAAGAUCGAAGUUAUUUUCGCAGGAAGUUUGUGCGAUGAAGUUUAAUGUACUUGUCACUACGUACGAGUUCAUCAUGUAUGAUCGUGCUAAACUUUCAAAAGUCGAUUGGAAGUAUAUAAUAAUUGAUGAAGCACAGCGUAUGAAGGAUAGGGAGUCAGUUCUUGCUCGCGAUCUUGACAGAUAUCGAUGCCAAAGGCGCUUGCUUCUCACAGGGACACCAUUGCAGAAUGAUCUGAAGGAAUUGUGGUCACUUCUAAAUCUACUACUUCCAGAAGUAUUUGAUAAUCGCAAAGCAUUUCAUGAUUGGUUCUCUAAGCCCUUUCAGAAAGAAGGUCCGACACACAAUGCUGAAGAUGACUGGCUUGAGACUGAGAAGAAGGUCAUUGUUAUCCAUCGACUUCACCAAAUUCUUGAGCCUUUCAUGCUCAGGCGUCGUGUUGAAGAUGUUGAAGGUUCACUUCCACCCAAGGUCUCAGUUGUCUUAAGAUGCAGAAUGUCAGGUUUUCAGAGCGCUGUUUAUGAUUGGAUCAAGUCUACUGGUACACUUAGAGUUGACCCUGAAGAUGAGAAGCGAAGGGCUGAAAAAAAUCCAAAUUACCAGCCUAAAACAUAUAAAGUUUUAAAUAAUAGAUGUAUGGAACUUCGGAAAACUUGCAACCAUCCUUUGCUUAACUAUCCAUAUCUCAAUGUUACAAAGGACUUUCUUGUUAAAUCAUGUGGGAAAUUGUGGAUUCUUGAUCGAAUAUUAAUUAAACUUCAAAGAGCAGGGCACAGGGUGCUUCUUUUCAGUACCAUGACAAAACUGCUUGAUAUCUUGGAGGAGCAUUUGCAGUGGCGACGACUCGUCUAUAGAAGGAUUGACGGGACAACAAGCCUAGAGGACCGUGAAUCCGCUAUUGUGGAUUUUAAUAGUCCAGAUACUGAUUGCUUUAUCUUCUUGCUAAGCAUUCGUGCUGCCGGUCGUGGAUUAAAUCUGCAGACUGCUGAUACUGUCAUCAUCUAUGAUCCUGAUCCAAACCCCAAAAAUGAGGAACAGGCAGUUGCAAGAGCCCAUCGUAUAGGGCAGAAGAGAGAAGUUAAAGUCAUUUACUUGGAGGCAGUUGUGGACAAAAUUGCAAGUCAUCAGAAAGAGGAUGAAUACCGUGGAGGCGUAGUUGAUUCUGAUGAUGACCUCGCAGGCAAGGACCGCUAUAUGGGAUCUAUUGAGAGUCUCAUUCGGAACAACAUUCAACAGUAUAAGAUUGAUAUGGCUGAUGAAGUUAUUAAUGCUGGGCGUUUUGACCAAAGGACUACACAUGAAGAGCGACGUUUGACUUUAGAGACAUUAUUACAUGACGAGGAGAGAUAUCAGGAGACACUUCAUGAUGUUCCCUCUCUUCAGGAGGUAAAUCGCAUGAUUGCUAGGAGUGAAGAAGAGGUAGAACAAUUUGAUCAAAUGGAUGAAGAAUAUGAUUGGGAAGAGGAGAUGACUAGAUAUGACCAGGUUCCGAAGUGGCUUCGUGCUUCCAGUAAGGAUGUUAAUAUGGCCAUAGCCAAUCUAGCAAAAAAGCCCUCAAAGAAUGUCUUAUUCAGUAGUGGUGUUGGUGUGGACUCCAGUGGAUUAGCUCCUGAAUCUGAGAAGAAAAGGGGGCGGCCCAAAGGUAAGAAGGUUCCUAUUUACACAGAAUUGGAUGAUGACAACGGUGAGUUCUCUGAAGCAAGUUCUGGGGAGAGGAAUGGAUAUUCAGCCCAUGAGGAUGGUGAAAUUGGGGAAUUCGAAGAUGAUGAAUUUAGUGGUGCAGUUGGUGUUACACCAGUUAACAAAGACCAGUCAGAAGAAGAUGGUCCUAGUUUUGCUGAUAGAUAUGAAUACCACCAAGGUCCACAAGGUGCUAUAAAGACUCGUGUACCCGAUCAAUUAGGUUCAUCAGGAUCAUCUUCAGACAACCAAAGGCCGACACAGAUAGUAUCAUCGUCUGUUUCAUCUCAGCAGAAAUUUGGAUCUCUUUCUGCAUUGGAUGCCAGACCCAGUUCUCGGGCCAAAAGGAUGGCAGAUGAAUUAGAGGAAGGAGAAAUUGCAGUAUCUGGAGACUCACAUGUGGAUCUCCAGCAAUCUGGUAGUUGGAUCCAAGAUCGUGAUGAAGGUGAAGACGAACAGGUGUUGCAGCCCAAAAUAAAAAGGAAACGCAGUCUGAGGGUUCGACCAAGGCAGGCUACAGAAAGGCCAGAAGAGGCGCUCAUUGAGAAGCCAGCUGUGCAGCGUGGAGAUUCUUCUCAGAUGGCAUUUCAAGGGGAUCGUAGAUAUGAUCUCCAAAUGAGAAAUGACCGUGGACACAAAACGCAUGCAGGGCCUAGUGGUCCAAAGAAUAAUCAAAAUGAUGCAUCCUUUAAGAGUAAGCGAAGCAUACCUUCAAGGAAAUCAUCUUCUAAUUCAGUGAAGGUGUAUGGUUCAGGAAAACCUGGAAAAGUCAGUCGCUUGUCCCCCGAUGAUGCUUUUGAACCCACAAGGGAAAGUUGGGAUAAUACGCUCAUGAAUGCCAGCGGGACUUAUAGUGGAGGGACUAAGAUGUCUGAGGUCAUUCAAAGAAAGUGCAAGACUGUCAUUACCAAACUCCAAAAGAAAAUAGAGAAGGGAGGUCAUCAAAUAAUUCCGCUGCUACAUGGUCUGUGGAAAAGAAUUGGUAGUUCUGGUUGCAUGGGUGGGUCAGAGGAUAGUCCGUUUGGUUUACAGACAAUUGAUCUACGCGUUGAUGAGUCUGAGUACAGCGGAGUGCUCGAAUUUGUGUCUGAUGUGCAGCUGAUGUUAAAACGUGCAGUACAGUACUUCGGUUUCUCACAUGAGGUGAGAUCUGAAGCAAGGAAAGUACAUGAUCUUUUCUUUGACAUCUUGAAGAUAGAAUUUCCGGAGACUGAUUUUCGAGAAGCAAGGAAUUCCAUUUCUUUUGCUGGACCAGCAGCUUCUACUACACCCGCGUCUUCACGGCUGAUGCCUGUAGGUCAAAACAAGAGACACAAACUGAUAAAUGAAAUGGAACCCGACUCUAGCCCACUGCUGAAGGCGCAGACACGUGGAACACUCCAUGCCGGUGAAGAUGCCAAGGCUAAGAGUCAUAUGGCUCAAAGAGAAACAAGAUUUGGUGGUAGCAGCAGCCGGGAGCUUAACCAACAGGAUGAUUCACGCCCAUUCACUCAUCCCGGGGAGCUUGUUAUUUGCAAAAAGAAAAGAAAAGAUAGAGAGAAGUUGGGUUUGAAACCCGGGAGUAGUUCUGCUGGUCCUGUCUCACCACCUGGUGUCAGCCGCAGUAUCAGAAGUCCUGGCUCACUCCCAACUGUGAAGGAGGGGGGAAGGUUAAACCAGCAGACACCCCAACAGUUGAAUGCCAGUGGUAGCAGCAGCUCUGUUGGCUGGGCAAACCCUGUGAAGAGAUUGAGAUCAGAUUCUGCAAGAAGACGGCAAAGUCAUUUAUGAUUAUUGUUUUGUUAAAGGUGUACACUGUAAUGCAAGUAGUAGCUGUACUGAGUGAGGUGCUGUGAAUAACCGGCCCUUCGGUAUUUUCAUACCUCCUGACCUGUGUACUUCCCCAUUUCAUCCCCAGCCUCACCUGUAUGAUAAAUUUGCUUUUAAACAUAGGUUUCUUAAUGUCUACCAUUGGCAACUGCUUGUCAGUGAUAAUUCUCUCCUUCUCCAUCUUCUUAAUUCUAUUUUUCAGAAA